AUGAGUGAACUUAAACGUCUUUUUGGUUCAUUAGAAAAUGCUGAAUUAGCACAUCAUGCUCAAAUCGAUGAAGAACAUUCAUUGAUUCUUAAUCAAUUACAUGCACUUAGUGCACAUAGUCAUAUGGUUAAACAUAAAUAUUUGACAACUAUGAAAGAUACAUUUGCUGCAAAUCUUGCACGAUAUCGUGAUGAAGAUCUUCGUGUACGUAGUACAAAUCUAAUUAAAGAAAAAACUAUUCAAGUUAAAUGGCCAAUAACUGAUAAUAAUGAAAAACAAAAUGAGAAUCUUUUAUUAUUACAACAACUUAAAAAUUUCGAUACUGAAAAUAAUAUUCCACCUGCAUUGAUUAUUAAUAAUAAUCAAGCACAUUUAAUUGAUAAUUUUCAAUUAAUUAAACAACGUUAUUCAUCAUUAGCUGAUUUUAAUUUAUCUCGUGAUGGUAAACAAUUACAAAUUACAUUCAAACCACAUAAUGUGUUUGUUGUAUUGGAAACAAUUCAUAAUGGUCGAAAUGGAGAAAGUUGGAAAAUUAUUGAUUCAAUGCCGGGUCUUCCAUCCUUUACUCAACUUAAUACAAUGAUUCGACAAAGCAAUAGUCUUACAGCUGAACAUUUAUGUCUUAUACGAGCAUGUUUACUUAAACAACAAGAAAUGAAUAAAUAA